UAGUAAACUUCUGCAAUGGAACUCGAAUUGACCCGUGUCGAUUAUACCAACGUUGGAUUAACGGGUCCAAACUGCUUACAGCUCUUACCCCCCACAACCAGCGUGCCAUCCAGCGGUUCCAACAGCGGAUACAAGCAACAGCAAAAGGUGGCGAUUGGCGAUCAGGAUGGCGUGCUUCAGGUGUUUUCCAUGAAGAAGGACGAACUGCAGGUCCACUUCAAGACGCUACCGAACGAAAAGAUUGCCUCGGUCAAGCUGGGUGGCCAGUCCGGUUCGGUGGCGGACAAAAUAUUUACCGCCUCCGAAAACAAGGUGCGUGGUUUCAACAAGAAGGGCAAACUGUUUCUUGCGUUCGAGACGAGCCUGACGGAAACGAUACGCUCGAUGUGCGUUAGCGGGAGUGAUCUGCUGGUUUGCGGGAACCACGUGUAUAAUCAUUACCGUGACUGUAAAGAGGUCGGCUCUUACCUCUGCGGGGAUGUCAUCGUGGACGUGGCGGCCCUCUGCCCGAACAACACAAGCCGCUUGAUUACAGUGCUGGCCUGCUCCGGGCGGGUGUUGCGCAUUCUCGAACAUGCACGGGUACGGCAAACGCUAGAGCUGGAAAGCGUUCCGACGGUGCUGUACGUACCGAAGGGGAUUGGAGAUAGAAUUCUGUGCGGUUUCACGGACGGAAGCGUUAUACUGUUUCACCUGAAUGUACUCUCCACGGAGAUCAAGCGAGAGGUGCUGGUCGCUGAUCGUGAGGGAGAUGGAGUACUAAGUGCGGUCACCUGUAUCGCUACGUACGAUCUGUCGGGCGACGGCAAGGAAGAGUUGAUCGUGGGACGGCGCGAUGGAACGCUGCAGGUAUUUGCGAUGAACUCGGACGAAUAUCAGUUCGAGAUGGAAUGUACGCAAAUUUACCGCGACAACUUUAACGAAAGCAUAUCGGCCCUGCAGGGUGGAUGUGUGGGAGCGACAAACUACACGGAGGUAAUCGUUUGUACCUACUCGGGCCGCAUAUUUGGUCUGACGACGCAAUGUAUCAGCAAAAGCCUUGGUGAUGAUGGCACACGGUCGGAAAAGAUUGCGAGUACGCCGAUCGAUUCUUCGGUGAAGCUGCAACGUAUAAGGGCGGAGAUAUAUGAGCUAGAGCAAACGAUCGCAAAGGAAAGGGAACGGUAUCAACUUUCCACGCAGGCUCUAUCGUCGGGCCUUUCGGCAAUACCUAUGCUGCCGAUAAACGACUCAUUCGUCCUGUCGAAAGACGACGCUACGUUUCUUCUCUCACUGGAAAUACCCACCCCGAUCGAGCACGUUCUGCUGCAGUGCGAUGCACCGAUCACUCUGCUGGACGUGGAAAGAAAUACGGCGGUCGUUAGCUUCAGUGAGUGUGAUAAGCUCAGUGGAAACAGUUUGCUGGCGAGCUAUCGGUGCCAGCUGAACACGAACCGUAUCGAUUUAAAGUUCCGCACCAUCGAGGGCCAAACGGGAACGCUGCAGGUGUACAUCACACCGAAUCUGCAGCCUAAAUGUUGUCAGCUUAAGCGUUACCAGAUCAAACCACUGUCGCUACACAUGAUCGUGCAUAAUGCGACGGACGAAACGCUUGCCCGGCCGAUGAAUGCGCUGACGCUGAAAGGCCCCUUCAGUCAGGCGGAAAUGCACAACUGGAUGAUAAACAGUAUCCCCGAGCUGCCGGAAAAGCUCUAUGAAAGUGGGAAGGUGCAGUACACGUUCAGGCACGUCUUCAUCGGCACGAUUUUGAUCUGCGAGUAUGGAAAGGGAGAAGCGACUUUUCGAAGCGAUAACAUUUCGACCAUAUCGAUACUGAAGGACUUCAUCACCAAGGAAGCGACAAAGAAGCGUAUCAAGCUGGAAAUUUCGACGUCUAUUAACGAAUCUACAAUUCCCUCCCUGAUUAAGCUUAUAGAGCCCAUGAUCUUACACUACAACAAACUCACCAAGGAUUAUCAGCUCGCCCAAGCGUUGCUAGAUUUGGACAUCCGGGAUGACGAGGAGUUUAACACGCUGUCCGAAGAGUAUCGUUCGCUCAUCCGCAACCAGCAAUCGAUCGGCACGGAGUUUCGAAAGCAACCGACGAUUCUGAAUCGCAUCUACGGGAUUCUCACCGAUCUGUACAUUGACAAGUUCAAGUUUAAGGGUGUGAACGUGAAAACGAAGCUACCGCAGUUGAUUGAAUUGCUCGAAAACUAUUCGUACGACGAGCUGGUACAGUUUUACAGCGUGAUUAAAACAGGGGACGAAGAUGUUGGUGACGUAUAAGUGGUCAU